AUGGGCAUGAAUGGAAAACACUCCGCAAAGCACCCUGGCAAGGUGUUUCUUUCCGUGGAAGACAUUGCGGAUCGGCUCACAGAGUACCAGGUGUUUGACACGCGCUACUCUCUGGACGGCAAAGAGUACGGCGUGAACGAGUACCUACGGUCCCACCUGCCGCGUGCCAUGUUCGUUGAUGUGGAUGAACAACUCAGCGGGCCUCUCACGGGCACCACCGCACGCCACCCUCUGCCGGACGUGCAUGUCUUUAUCGAGUGGUGUAAGUCGAUGGGCAUCGGUGCCGAAAAGCCGGCACUCUGCUACGACGACGAGUGCGGUGGCUUGGGGGCUUGCCGCAUGUGGUGGAUGCUCCACUCACUCGGCGUCGAGGCGUACGUCUUGAAUGGCGGGUUUCAGGCCUACAGUGCGGCGGGGCUGCCAUUGGAAGUGGGACCGCAGAAGGAGAAGCCACAUCCAGCAGAAAGCUGGCCGUACGGGACAGUAUUUGUACGGGCCCUCGCAAUAAACGAAGUGCCACCCAACGCAGUCAUGGUGGACGCGCGGGCUUCCUUGCGCUUCUCGACGACGGUGCGGCCAUACACGGUGGAUACAAUGCCCGGCCACAUCGACCGCGCUCUGAACCUGCCGUGGUGCAGCAGUAUCGCAUGCAAGGAUGGCCUCAGGUGCCUCAUGUCAGAAGAGGAGUGCCGCUGCAAUGUCCUUAAAGCACUCCACGGUGUAUUGGACGAGAGCCACCCGGACGUUUCUAACUGUGUCUUCUACUGCGGCAGCGGCGUCACGGCGACGUUCAACAUCGCGCUGGUCUGCCACUUGGGCUUCGGGGAGCCGUUCCUCUACUGCGGCUCGUGGUCCGAGUACUCAGGACGCUUUGCCUUUGAAAUGUCCCGCCGGAUCGUCGAGGAGCACGGCAUGUUCUUCAAGAUGCUCUCGCCGAGUCUCUGCGACAGUCCAAAGGCAGCGUUGGGUGGCACUGUCGUUGCGGUCGACGGCACCGUCGUGAAGGCGGUGGAUGCCGAGGUCGAGGCAGCCCUCUCGCACAUGCACAUCGGCGAGAAGGCGAGGGUGUUCUUCAAGAGCGGGCGGAUUGCUGUCAUUGAAGUAUCGUGUUGUCAGUAG